GCCGAGGUGGCCGGAGGAGGGACCGGGCGGGGGGCUCCCUGUUGCCCUGGUUACGCCGAGGCACGUGUGCAGUCCCGGAAGCGGCUCCGGGAAGCUGCCCAGCGCGCGCAACCGGAGGAAUCGCCACCGGGUACGCUGGGGUCGGGUCCGGCUGGGCCAUGGAGCCAUUGCCUGAGCCCGCGCCCCGGCCUGGGCCGCGCUGUCUUCUGCUUCUCUCCCUGCUACUGUUGCUGCUGCUGCUACUGCCGGCCCCAGAGCUGGGCCCCGGCCAGGCGCACGCGGAGGAGACUGACUGGGUUCGACUCCCCAGCAAAUGCGAAGUGUGUAAAUAUGUCGCCGUGGAGCUGAAGUCAGCUUUUGAGGAGACUGGCAAGACCAAAGAGGUGAUUGACACAGGCUAUGGCAUCCUGGAUCGGAAGGCUUCCGGAGUCAAGUACACCAAGUCGGACUUAAGGUUAAUCGAAGUCACUGAGACCAUCUGCAAGAGGCUCCUGGACUAUAGCCUGCACAAGGAGAGGACCGGCAGCAACCGGUUUGCCAAGGGCAUGUCGGAGACCUUUGAGACACUGCACAACCUGGUCCACAAAGGGGUCAAGGUGGUGAUGGAUAUCCCCUACGAGCUGUGGAACGAGACCUCUGCAGAGGUGGCUGACCUCAAGAAGCAGUGCGACGUGCUGGUGGAAGAGUUUGAGGAGGUGAUCGAGGACUGGUACCGGCAUCACCAGGAGGAAGACCUGACUCAGUUCCUCUGCGCCAAUCACGUCCUGAAGGGCAAGGACACCAGUUGCCUGGCAGAGCAGUGGUCCGGCAAGAAGGGGGACACAGCCGCCCUGGGAGGGAAGAAAUCUAAAAAGAAGAGCAGCAGGGUCAAGGCAUCGGGCGGCGGCAGCAAACAGAGGAAGGAGCUAGGUGGCCUGGAGGAAGACCCCAGCCCCGAUGAGGAUGAGGGCAUCCAGAAGGCGUCCCCUCUCACACACAGCCCUCCGGAUGAGCUUUGAGGCUAACCCAGUGCCCCCUGUACCGAGACCCCUGACCUGAAGCUGAGGAAUCUGGGACCCCACUCUGGCCGGCAGACAGCUGUCCUGCUCCAGGUCCUCCCUGCCGGGCCGGCUUGCCACCAGGAAAGACACGGUGGGGGGAAGAACUCGCCUCCUCCCUCCGCCCAGCGGCUCUCCUGACCCCGGCUUCCGGGGGGCCCUGCGAUUUCCCGCCUGCCGAGGACUCUGGUGUGAACUCAGCAGGGGCAGGUGUGGGGCCCGUGGGGAGGGCACCCCGGCCUUCACCUCCCCUCACUCCUCUCCAACGGGGAAGCAGGACUGCAGGCCAUCCCACCCCCGCUUACCCCCUCCUGUGGACACCUGGCACUCUGCCCGGCCCUCCCCAGGGCUCACAGAGUAAAAACCUUUUGGCCUUUUUGUUCCAA